AUGAGCACGAGGUCUCCUCGGUCGGUACGCGAAUUAACGCUCCAGGAAAUCGGAUUACGUCGUGACCCACAGCGCUGGCUGUCUACUAACUCUUGCAUUAGCCUCCGUUCGAGCAAAUUGCGUUUAGCUCGCGCCGAAGAGGGUGGACCGAUCGGCUUGCUAGAAGUGGCCGACCGAAAACCAGGAAUUCCUAGAUCCCUCCCCAGACAGAAAAGGUUAAAUGAACUUUCGUUUGAAUCCACUUAUCUAAAAUUGAACUCUUGUUGCAUGAACGAAAAAUCGCUAGUAAAGGAAAGAACGCAGCAGAAUUCUCUACUUGGGAAGUGA